UACUCUUAGACAAAUGACAUGCGUGUACACUUGUAACAUUUUUGUAGUAAAAUACCUUAGUUCUUCCUUUGUGAGUUUUGGACCUUGUUCUUAACGUGUGUCUCCCUGUAUCAGCCGGUAGUCAAUUCCUCUCAAGGCCUUAUAUGUUUAAUGUUCUUAAUUCUUUCACUUGAUAUCUUAAAGUUGUCAAAGGCUAUCUUGCAUUCCUGCUUUGUUUAACUGAGAUAUGGAUCCUUCGCUCAGCCCUACAUCCAUUCAUUAUAAUUAUGCUAUUAAGAAAGAGACAUGGAGGCGUACCGUUGUUCUAUCGUUUCAAACCCUGGGAAUAGUAUAUGGUCGAUUAAGCACUGCUCCCUUGUAUGCAUUCUGUUCAAUUAAUCCUGGCGAUAUCAAAUCAGGACAGCAGAUAUAUGAACUCUUCUCCUUUGUUUUUUGGACGUUUACCAUCAUUCCCUUGCUCAAAUAUGCCUUUGUAGUCUUGAAGGUUGAUGAUAACGGAGAAGGUGGUACGUUUGCUUUGUAUUCCCUACUCUGUAGGCAUGCCAAUGUAGGACUGCUUCCGAGUGAUAUAAGUACUACGGAACUUAUGCAUCAAGAGGAAGGAACCCCUUCUAAGAUGAAGGUGGAAUCAAGGGCAAGAAGAGCAACUGGAAGAUAUAAAAGCAGCCACUACUUGAUGUUAUUUUUGGCUUUGCUUGGUUCCUGCAUGAUAAUCUGUGAUCCUGCUCUUUCGGUUUUAUCAGCAACAUCAGAUCUGAGACGUUCAUUGUCAAAACUGGCAGCCCAAUUUACCUCUUCUGAAAAGGCAAGACACUCGGUUGACAAGUAUUUAAAGAGAUAUAUACCAGUUCCAGCAGCAUGUGCCAUCUUGGUUUGCCUUUUCAUGCUGCAACGAUAUGGGACCAACAGAAUCGGUGUCAUCUUUGCUCCAAUUGUCAUCAUAUGGCUCAUGUUUAUAAGUGGCUUCGGCAUGUACAAUAUAAUUCAUCAUCCCCAAAUCCUCUGGGCAAUAUCCCCAGCAUACAUGUUUAGGUUUAUUAAGAAAAUAGAUAUUUCAAGUUGGAAACUUCUAAGCAGCAUUGUCUUAUGUAUAGCAGGUUCAGAGGCAAUGUUUGCAGAUUUAGGUCAUUUUUCGAAGCAAUCAAUUAAGGUCACGUUUGUCUUUUUGGUAUAUCCAGCACUUGUAUUAUGUUAUGCUGGACAAGCAGCAUUUUUUUCCAAGCACCUUGGUACUUCAGAUGAUGUUGCUCAUCUUAGUGAAUCUAUAACACAUAGACACCUUCACCAUAUAUUCACAAUUUUGUCCCUUUUUGCUUCACUCGUGGGUAGCCAAGCAACCAUUGCGGCAACUUUUUCCAUCAUAAACCAGUGCCAAGCACUUGCUUGCUUUCCCAGAGUCAAAGUUAUCCACACAUCAGAAAAAGUACAUGGACAGAUUUAUGUUCCUGAUGCAAAUUGGUUGCUCAUGGUCCUUAGCCUCGCAAUCUUGAUAGGUUUUCGAGACAUAUCAGCUAUUGCAAACGCUACAGGUUUAGCUGUUAUUUGUGGAAUGCUAGUGACAACUUGUCUUAUGUCGCUAAUUAUAGCUACUGCACCGGGGUANAGGACCGUCUGUGUUUUCCGUCUCCUAUGUCCCUUUUUUUGUUAUUCUUUUGGGUUUGGUUUGAUUGAGGCAAUAUACCUAUCAUCAUGUUUCUUGAACUUUUCCAAGGGAGCUUGGUGUAUUGUUGCUCUGUCAUUGAUUUUUAUGACAAUCAUGGUCUCUUGGCACUAUGGUACUAUAAAAAAGUAUGAAUUCGACAUAGAGAACAAGAUGACCGUGGACUGGGUGACAGAACUUAGUCCUGGACUUGGCGUUUCUAGAGUGCCCGGAAUUGGAUUCAUUCAUAGUUAUAUUGUGACAGGAAUCCCAGCUUUCUUCUCUCACUUCAUUACCAACCUCCCUGCAUUCCAUGAAGUGCUGAUUUUAGUGUCCUUCAAGUCUUUGCCUGUUCCAUACAUUCCCAAAAAUGAAAGAUAUCUUAUUGGCAGGAUUGGUCAUAAUGAUUACAAGAUUUUUAGGUGCAUUGUUCGAUAUGGAUAUCGUGAUUCAAACAGUGAUCAUGUAAGGAAUAUAAAUGAUUUCGAGGAUCAGAUUAUUAGCUCGAUAGGUGAAUUCAUUGCCAGAGAGGAACGACAUCAUGAAGCGUUGUUCUUGGAAGAGGGAAGAAUGAUUAUUUUGGGAAGCCGAAUGACCGAUGGAAAUGUAUUGGUACCUGUUGUUGUUGGAGGUGAACAAAGUGAAAGUGGUCAAGAUGUAGCAGAUAUUGAAAAUCCUACUGCUACUACUACAACAAAGAGGAAAGAAGUUAGAUUUAUGUUGCCUGCAAAUAGUCCUAAAAUGAAUCCAUCAGUAAGGAAAGAACUUCAAGAACUUGUUGAUGCCAGGGAAAGUGGCACUGCUUAUUUUUUGGGCCAUUCACACUUAAAAGUACGAAAAGGGUCGAAUUUUGUGAAGCAAUUUCUUGUAAAGGUUUAUGCAUUUCUGGAUAAGAACUGCAGAGAGACUCCAAUUGCAUUAGAUAUACCUCAUGCUGCUCUUUUGGAGGUUGGAAUGGUGUAUACAAUAUAAUUUGCAACUAAAGCAAUGAAUACAUUAUGGUCCAGAUG